AUGUUGUUUGCUGUCUUUUCAUGCAAUAAUUUCACAUUUCUUUCCUGUUAUGGGUUGCGAAAAGUUCUACUGAAUCUCCCUCGUCACCAUGUGCUUCUCGUCUCGUGCUUUCUUACUCGUCACAAAAAUAGCGAGCUGAUUUCCGAAUUGAGACGUCCAAGAUUUUAUUUUCGGGCUGCCUGGCGGGCGCAUUUUGGGCAAGACUUCUCAGUUGUGUUUGUUUUGUUGCUUUCUUUGCCUCUUGGGAAACAGAAACUUGUCAGAGAAAAUUGCCUACCACGUAUCGUUGGUUACUGGACCCAGGUUUCGCAUGCACACUCUCUUUUGCGGGGUCCCCACUUGAACCUGGGGAGCUGUUUGAAUGCUUUGAUGCUUUGCGUCUCCUGGUUCUUGGGCUACAAGCGAAAAAGAAAAUCAUAUAGGCCAGGGGCCCCCCCCAGAGGAGCCCCCGAGAUUUACACCGGCAAUGUCCCCCGGUCGGGCACAGGGGACCAACGAUCCGGUUCGCCUGUGCUCGAGCUUCAAGCCACUCUGCAUUAG